UUUUUUGUUGUGGGGACCAUCUGGCAUAUUCCAGCGUUGAACCACGGAUAAUUUGGCGGUGUAUCAAUAGCGAGCGAUUGAUGAUGAAGCCCAUCUUUGCUUUGUACUUGGAAAAAGGUAUUUUAUCAUAAGAUCUUACGUUUUCGCUCAUUUAUCCAUCAUAAAUCUGUUCACGUCUUUUUCUCAAAAUAAAAUCUGGGUCAUGUUUUCUCAAUUGCUGUUUAUCCUUCCUCUUUUGGUGGAUGGUGGUGUGGCCUUCCCAUUCCUGAACUCAGUUGCACCUAGAGGAGUAACAGGAACUAAAUAUCUAUUUUCCUUGUGAGAGCACCCAAAAUAGAUGGAGGGGACGGUAUUGACCUUACUAGUGGUGACUCCUACUCACGAACUCUCUUCUCAAUUACGGGCACAAAGCCUUCCGCUGAGAACCCGAUUGGAAAUCCUCCAUUCCCAGGCACCACAACAGAUGCCGGUCUCAAUUGGAUUGAUCACUUGGUCACCACAUAUAACACCUCUUUAACAUUAUCUUAUAAUUUUGCUGUCGGAGGCUCAACAGUAGAUGAUGAUGUUGUUCGUUCCAUUACCUCCGGUUCUAAAUCAUUAGUCGAACAAACGGCAAUCUUCACUGCAAAUCUUGCCCCAAAACCUUCUUAUGCGCCAUGGACUUCGGCAAAUACUCUCUUUGCUGUGUGGUUUGGCAUCAAUGAUAUUGAGCUCAGUUAUACAUACUCUAACGAGAGUACACUCUUCACGGAGAUCUUCAACACCUACUGGAAGCAGCUUGACAUAAUGUAUUAUUACGGGGCCAGAAAUUUCGCUUUGAUGACAGUUCCACGUAAGCCAAUAUUCAAUGUUUAAUAUGCUUAGUCGGAUUCAAACACUGACUGGAGAAAAUAGCCACGAACAAAAGCCCCAAAAUCUUAGCUUUGAACAGUACGACGCAAGCGACAUACACUGCAAGUAUUGCAGCUUGGAAUACUCUCGUCAAGAAUACGGCCACUGAGUUCCAAUCCGAAAGGUCUGGAAGCAUCGUCACAGUGAUUGAUACUUCGGUACGUCAAAAUUGAAAACUAGCUCCUCAUCCACAAACUUACACAAAAUCGCAGAUCCCCUUCAACACUGCCAUAAACAAUCCAACAGCAUAUGGUGCCCCAAAUGCAGUUUGCUAUAAUACAAAUGGAGUGAGUUGUUUGUGGUGGAAUAAUUUCCAUCCUGGUCAGGCGGUUCAAAAAUUGGUUGCCGCAGCAUUUGCAGGAGCUUACAGUGGUACAUUCUUUUGAUUUUUGAUCGACGCUGGUGGUCUGACUGGAGGUCUUAUUGGAUUUAUAUUUUCCCAUAGGAAUGGAGGAGACUUUACUUCAUUUAUUAUAAGACACAUGGGACGUGGCGAGGCUCGAAGCAAUGAAACGGAAACUCAUCUGCUGUGCCCGUCCGAAUCAACAUCCAAACUUCAGCUCAUUCAUUCCAACUUUGACCAGGUAUUAAAAAAUGCAAAGUAAUCUCAAUA